AUGAGCUCCAUGUCCGUCUCCUCCAGCUCGUCCCAGUCCAGCGGCAUCCCAGGUGUACCCCGUGUCGGUGCAGUACGCUGCUACUGGGCCCUCCUCAAACCCAAAUACACCCCCAACCCCGACCCGGCCAUCACCACCCCCCGCCUCGACCUCGAGUUUGUCCAUUUCGACCCCAUCCUCGAUGCCCAUCUGUCAAAGCAAAAGAUGUCCAUGAUGGGCCGGCAGGUGUUGGAAUUUAUACAUCCUCAUGAACGUGAACAGGCGAGGAAGGAUCUUACGAGCGCUAUCAGUGCGGACGACCUGCAAGGGAGCGUGACCCGGGUACGGUUCGCGAGAAUGUCGCGUAUACGGACCAUCUUGGGGUGUCUGCCUGAAGAGAACGAGUUUCCCGAAGGCAUGGAUGAGGUCUUUGAGGACGACAUGUACAUCAUCGAGGAUGUCGUGCUCAACUGGGCAAAAGGCAUGCUCUUAGCAUUCUUCCACAGUAUAAAAGACAAAGACCCCGUGGGCAACAACGACCCCAAACGCGCCCACGAAGAAUGGUCCAACUGGUGCGGUACGAAAUACAUGGCCGACGAACAAAUUGAAGCCCUCUACCGCGACGUCCUCAACAAAAUCACAAUACCCCCCAACACCGGGCGUCCCCCAACCCGCGUCUUUCAGCUCCACCUCCUCCCACCAGACUUUUCCCCCGAAACCCCAACGCAGCUCAUCUUCUCCUGGCCUCCUCCCCGGGCGCAGGGCUCAUUUGCGACGCUGGAUGGGUAUCACAAUGCGUUGGAGUAUUGUGAUAUGAUGAAGCAUGUGGAUAUGGAUCCGUCGCAGUUGACGGCUGGCCCGGGGGAGUUGAGGACGAAUUGUACGACGCGGUAUGGGGCGCAUCACCUUGUGACGACGGAAGGGCUACACAGGACGGUGGCGAGCGUGUUUAUCCCGUAUGGCAAGUUGAUCUUUGCGUGUUUUCAGACGAUCAAGGAGCACGAGCUGCCCAUUGGAAACGGGAACGGGCAGCAGGGGAAUGGGUGGGGUCAUGGGGGUUUACAUCCUCCGACGGGCGCACCGUCGCAUACACCAUCCCCAGCGCCAACACCUUCACAUCUCCCACCUCAUUCAACCCACCCAGCGCACCAAAAUAACCCUCACUCCCAUCCCCAUCAGCACCCCUACUCCCACCCUCACCAAAACUCGCAUCCUCAUUCCCAUCCUCAUCAACGCCAACACCACCCACAAGAUUGGUCCACCGACCCAUCCCUCUUACCGCACCGCCAAGAAAGCGGGUCGUCCGAUUUCAGCGAUUGGGAUCCGCAUGGGGCGUAUGGGAUGAUGGACUCUGCUUCUCUCGGUUUGCAUGAUCAUGGGCAAGGGCAAGGGCAAGCCCAAGCCCAAGCCCAAGCCCAAGGAAACGACCUACACCUCGCCCCAUCCAACGCCUACCCCACCCCCGCAAGCGCUACGUCGUCAUACGGCUACUACACCCCCGCCCCAGAUUACGGCUCGUCUCUCUCGAGCGGGUUGGGCACUGCCCAUCCGCCGCCGGGUGCACCGGGUGCGCAGGGGGCGGGGCCGCAGACGGCGACGGCGACGGCGGAUAGGCAUGGGUCUGUGCCUGUUGGUGCUUUGGCUUCUGCUCCUGUUUCUGGGGCCGGGGCCGGGGCCGGGGCGAGUAAGAGUGGGAAGGCCAGCUCCAGACCUCUCGUCAGGCCACCAGGGGAUAUAGAGUGUUGCGUCAUGUGCGGCACGAAAGAGUCGCCCGAAUGGAGAAAGGGGCAGACUGGGAAGAAGGAUCUUUGUAAUGCAUGUGGAUUAAGACUGGCAAGACAGGUAGCAAAGAGGGAAGGGAGAUCGAAACCGAGAAAGAAGAAGGAAGAAGGGUCGUCGACGCCUUUGAAAGGCGAUGGCGGGGCUACGACGGGGACUAAAGAUAUCAACGGUCUUUCUGGGAGAUCAUGA